AUGGCGACGAGAAAUGAAAAGACCUACACCUCACAGGAACGACUGGCACAACUGCGUCUCGCUGAGUCACUGCACGAUGCAGGGCUCUACAAGUCAGCGCAACUCAUCACGGGCAUUCACCUUUCCACUGUCCGGAAAGACGAAAAAUGGUUUCAGGCGAAUGCCAUGUACCAGUACGCUCGUAGUCUGACCAAACUGGAGGAACAUCGGCGCGCGACUGAAUACUACAUGUGGGCAUCACACAUCGAAGAUAUCGCAGUACCGCUAGACCUACUCAAAACACGACCUUCCAUGUCCGACUCAGGAACCGCCCCCGUCACUGAUAUCUCUACAGUAUCCGAUGCAGCAACAACUACAGCAGCAGCAACAGCAACAUCUCGGCCAAUGACGAGAGGAAUGGAGUUGUUCAAUGCCCUCCAUGCUGGAAAAGAAGAGAUGAAGAAGGACAGAGAUAAUCGCGGACUGCUUAUGGACACGCUUAUUGCCACCGCAAGGAGCAGUAUAGCAAAGCCGAACCUUCGAGAAUCCGCUAAAUCGACAAAGACCAUGCUUCCUUCCAUCCCACCAGUGAAACCCCUCUCUGUGACCAUAUCCAAGCAGCGGCAGCAGCAGAGUCAACUGAGUUCUGACGAUGACCAUACCAGAAAGAAGCAGCACCUUUCGGUGGACCAACCAUCAACUACAACUCCUCUUCGAGCAUCCGGGAAGGCGUCAUCAGCUGGAUCUGUGACACCCAUCACCGGACUGUCGCGCGAGCCUCUCAUGCAGGAUUUGAACGAUCUCAAGAUGGACUUUGCACUUUCAUGUUAUGAAUCGGGAGACUACAUAAGAGCAAAGGAGUUGCUUCUGCAGAUACCCGAGGACAAGCGGACAGUCAGGACAUACCUUUUGUUGAUUCAGCUUUUGCACAAGAAAACAAGUCUGCAGAUUCGAGAAGAUACCUACUGGUCAGAGAUCGCAAAGCUUCAACCACUAGCGCUGGAGGCAUACGUACAUAUGUUGCGCGCAGGAACGCCGCUUUUCUUUGUUUCGAACAUGAUCCCGAAGGAUUCUCCCGAGUAUGAGUGGAUGAAGUUGUAUUUGCAGGGCUUGGACAGCUUCUUUCACAUGCGGUACGAGGCAGCUCACCAGACAUUCACAAUUUUGGACGGGAUGUUCCCGCACAACACCGAUAUUAAGAUUCGCCUGGCGCUUUGUUUGAGGUGGAUGGGCAACCCUGUCAGGGCAUGUCUCAUAUUUUCGCAGGUCCGCAGGGAGGAUCUCUAUGUCAUCGAUGAUUUAUAUCACUACGCAGAAUGCUUGAAGGAGCUGUAUAACGCAAAGCUCAUCAACAAAUCUGAUCAUUGCGGUGCCCUCCAACUUCGCGGACUGAUCUACCUGGAGUCGUCACCUGUGAGAGCAUUGGGGUCAUUCAGAGAGGCGUCCAAGACUGAGAAAGACCUUGUGACCUAUGAAGGCAUGGUGAAGGCGUACAUUUUGCUGGAACGACAUCUGGAAGCUUGCAAAGAGGCAGAGGAGGCCAAAGUUCGGAUGCCGGGCAACGCGCAAGCUCUUGCAUUGUAUGGAACGGCGCUUUAUCAUGCAGCGAAUGACGAAGUAGCACAGGAUGCACAGGAUCAAGUGAAUGAGGCGCUUCGGAUAGACCCAUCGUGUAAACUGGCGGCGCACACCCUUUUGUUGAUCUACGAAAACCAACGGCGAUUCGAAGAAGCCAUUGAUCUACUGGAUCAACAACUUGACCACCAGCCACCCGAUGAGAUCCAUAUUAAGAAGGCAGAGAUCUACUCGAGCAUGGAACGUUGGGAGGAUGCCCUUUCUAGCUAUGAGCGCGCCAGAAGUUUCAAUCCUCUAAACGUUAUUGCGAGGGAAGGCAUAGCUAAUGUGGAAAAGAUCCUGAGCGGCGGCGACGACGAGCUUGACGACGAACAAGAUUUGGACGACGAACUUGAGAUUGACGAGAUGGAUGUACAUCAAGACGAGAGCCCCCACUUGAGAGAGCAACAGCUAGACGAAGAUGAUAUCUUGACGGGAGAGGAGGAUCAUGGCGAAGAGUAUGAGGACGGCCACCUUGGGCACCGUAUGCAAUCACCUCAAUUCACUCCGCAUCAGCCACAGCGCAAUGGGUCGUUGUUUGCAGCUCGAGCUCGCGCUCUGGCGCAACAGCCACAGGAGGAGCGGUUUCACAACCGCCAACAGCCGAUGCCUGAGCAAACGCCCAACGUGAACAAUCGAGUCCUAGAUACGUCCCUAUUUACUCCACGCCAGGGUCAGCAGCAGUAUGUGUCUCCACCGCAACAACAACAGCAGCUUCAGCAUCAACUUCAUCGCUUGCAGCAGGAACAACAUCGCCAACGCCACCAACAGCAUCAAGAGCAGCAACAUCGUUACGGAGCACAUCGGCAGCAGCAGGACAAUAUGCCAUCGUCGUCGGGGUAUCCACAAACACCGUCCAGAUCCAUGGUCUCUCCAACCAGCUAUGCUGCCCAUCACCGUAGACUUAAUUCGCAGCGAGAGCGAGAGUACGAUGAGCAAGAGGAUAUGGACGAUGACAUGAUAGUGAUCAAACGGAUUGUCGCGCUGGAGGGUGAUGUUGUCCAGACACGGUCACCUUACCCAGAGGCUCACGUUCGUGUCCCUCGUGGACAUUGCUGGGUUGAGGGCGAUGAGAUGUUUCAUAGCAGAGAUAGUAACCACUAUGGACCUGUGCCAUUGGGUUUGGUAAAAUCAAAAGUCGAGUACGUGCUGUAUCCAUUGAACCGGUUCGGCAAGAUCCCCGAUAAGCCCCGCGGUAACCGUGUCCGCUACGCGCCUGGUCAUAAAGUAUACAACCGACUUGACCACGAAUAA